GAUGACGUCACGUGCCACACUCCGCAGCAGUUAAAAGAGAGUUGAACGAUGGCUGAUUAGAGAGAGAGUGUGUGUGGCUCCUGAGAGCGCGUAGUUUUUGUUUGAUGGUUUUGUUUAUAUCGUCGAAAGAGCUGCACAGACCCGGGUGUGAGUGGAAAGGAUAGCGCUGAGUGCUGAGUCCUUGAGGUUGAGAUCCAGCAGAGAGACUUGGUAGUCUCUGGCGAACCCCCCCCUCUACCCCGAUCCCUCCUCCCUCACAGGGGCCAUGGGUGAAGAGGAGCAGCCCAGUCCAGAGGCUGGGAGUCCAGAUGUGGAAAAGGAACAUCUGCAGGUCCCGUUCCCGGUGUUGCACGGUGAAUGUGUGGAGUAUGUGGAAAAGACAGAGGAGGUUGUCAUCGCCUUGUCUAGUUACCGCCUUCACAUCAAGUUCAAAGACAACAUUGUAAAUGUCCCUCUGCAGCUGAUAGAAAGUGUGGAGUGUCGAGAUUUGACUCAGCUUCACCUCACCUGUAAGGACUGCAAGGUUAUGAGGUGUGAAUUCAGUGCGUCAGAGCAGGCUCAGGACUGGCUGCGGCGACUCACUGCAGCUGUACACCCUCCCACUCGCCUCAACGAGCUCUUUGCCUUUGCCUUCCACACCUGCAGUGCCAGCGCACCAGCUGAGCCAGACCUGCAUAAGAAUUGCCACACUGGAGAACAUGUGAGGAACCGAUUUAAAUAUGAAGUGUGCAGGAUGGGCUUUGACACCCACAGUGCCUGGAGAAUCUCUGAUGUUAACAACAAUUACAGACUCUGUGCCAGUUACCCAGAGAAGAUUUUGGUGCCGAGCUGGGUCACAGACACCGAGCUAGAGAACGUGGCGGCAUUCCGAUCCUGGAAGAGAAUCCCAGCUGUUGUUUAUAGACAUCAGAGCACGGGUGCUGUGAUUGGUCGGUGUGGGCAGCCUGAGGUGAGCUGGUGGGGCUGGCGGAAUUCAGAUGAUGAGAACUUGGUGCAGUCCAUUGCUAAGGCCUGUGGCAUGGAUCCUGCAGCUGUUAAACAUCUGAACAAUGACUCCUGUGUCCACAACAGCUCAGAUUCUGACGUUACUAACGGCAAUGGGGCAGUGGAGCCAACUGGGCCGCCUCCUCAAAAACUACUGAUACUGGAUGCCAGGUCGUACGCUGCCGCCGUGGCCAAUCGAGCCAAAGGGGGUGGCUGUGAAUGCCCAGAGUACUAUCCAAACUCUGAGGUGAUGUUCAUGGGCAUGGCCAACAUCCACUCGAUCAGGAGGAGCUUCCAGUGCCUACGGGCUCUCUGUGCACAAGUGCCCGACCCUGCCAAUUGGCUGUCUGCUCUUGAAGGCACAAAAUGGCUGCAGCAUCUGUCUCUGCUGCUGAAGGCAUCACUGUUAGUAGUGAACGCUGUGGAUCGGGACAGCAGGCCCGUCCUGGUGCACUGUUCUGAUGGCUGGGAUCGCACACCACAGAUAGUGGCGCUGUCCAAACUGCUGCUUGACCCAUACUACAGAACCAUAGAGGGUUUCCAGGUUUUGGUGGAAACUGAGUGGCUGGAUUUUGGCCAUAAAUUUGCAGACCGCUGUGGACAUGGGGAAAACGCAGAGGAUGUGAACGAGCGCUGUCCUGUCUUUCUGCAAUGGCUAGAUUGUGUGCACCAGCUGCAGAGGCAGUUUCCCUGCUCUUUUCAGUUCAACGAGGCCUUUCUGGUGAAGCUGGUGCAGCACACCUACUCCUGUCUGUUUGGGACAUUCCUGUGCAACAGUGGGAAAGAGCGAGAGGAGCAAGGCGUACUCGAGAACACCUGCUCCGUCUGGUCUCUACUUCAGCCAGCUAAGAGAGCCUUCCAUAACAUCCUGUACUCGCCGCUCUCGGAGAUGGUGCUACAUCCGGUGUGCCACGUGAGGAACCUAAUGCUGUGGAGUGCAGUCUACCUGCCAAAUUCCUCCCCCUCCUUGCUUUGUGAGGAGUCAUGUGCUUCAUAUUCCACUGCUUCAGCCUCACCUGAGGACAUGCCUCCUUGCAGACUGCCAAAGACCCGUUCCUAUGACCACCUGCUGACAGCUUGUGAGGGAACGAAUCUAUUGGUGUCGAACCGUCGCUGCAGCGAUCCCAACCUCAAUGAGUCGUGGCAGGAGCACGUUCGGUCAGAGGCGCGAACAGCAGAAACGUCACCUGAGGAGGAACUUGAGCAAGCAGCCUGUUGUACUACAGAUAAUCCUGAAAUGACUGGAUCGGAUGAGAAGCUUCCAAAUGAGCAAUUACUCGACAGGGUGGAGCACAUGGACUCUAAAAUGGAAAAGAUUAUUUUAGCAGACCAGGGUGGGGAUGCCUUGACAGUUGUUGGCACACCCUGUUUCGCCGAGCUGUCCGACGAGGUGCCUGAACAGAACAGUGAGGAUUCAGCGUGUGACGAAGUGCUCGAACAUUCUGCUGGGGAAUCCGUCACCUCGGUUGUCUUUUCGUCACCUCAUCCUGGACCUGUCACUAGCAGCCAGGAAUGUUUAUGUACUAAAGAGCCUCUUUGUUUAACUAAUAACCUGAAAUUUCACUCCCCUUCUCCACAAGAAGACUCUACGGACCCGUUAAAAACACCCAGCUCACUCCACUCGCCUUCACAACCUCUAUCUCCGAAGCCGAUGCUUGACAGACUUGUGUGUAACGUUGAGGAUCCUCACAUUAGCAGCUCUAUUUCACAAAAAUCCCUGAGCCGCCAGACAUCCACAGCAAGCGCCGGGUCUCUACAGCUUGGCUGUCCUGGGCGAGUACUGGCUCAGGGCGCUCACCUGGGCGAGGAUGGGCUCAGCAUGCACAGGGACGCUGUACAGGUGCGACUCAGGCAGAUGGAGGCGGGACAUCAGCUGCAGGUGGAGACGCUGAAAAGGCAGGUGCAGGCGCUGUGGAACAAGCUGCACGUCAGUGGCGAGCUGACGCCUGUGCCAGAUGGAGAGAAUAAUGUGGAGGCUGUGCAUCUGUCUCACUGCGGCACUGAGAUCUUCUCCGAAAGCUGGGAAAAUGAGGAGCAGCAAGACAAACAGGUCCCUCACUGGUAUCCUGAUCACCACCUUCCAACACACUGCUACAGAUGUGAAAGCAAGUUCUGGCUUGCUGCUAGAAAACAGCAAUGCAGUGCCAGAGAACCUGUUGAGGAAGCCUGGAAUUGCGGGAAUGUGUUCUGUGCCAGCUGCUGUGAUCACAAGGCAACGAGUCAGCAAUUGUAUGAGCCUAACCGUGUGUGCCAGGCCUGUUAUGGGCACCUACGCCCAUCUGCUGUGCCCCCUGUGCUGCCUCCUGCUGACCUGGAGCUGGAGAAACCCAUUACAGCCAGUUCCAACUGAACAGAACCCGAACAUGCUGAUCGACUGAAUGACUCUUGUCCUAUAGGAAUUUUAACCAAAUCGGCUUCACGUGAGAUUUUAGAUUUAGUAUAACUUUCAAAUAACGGAGGUUUUAAAUAAAUCCCAAAACUAAGGCAUCAAAUAAUUUAUUACUUUUUAGAAGUUGUUGCCUCUUGCCAUGUGGAUUCUAGAUUUAAUGUUGCGCUACGCAAACACAGGCCUUUAUAUAUGCAGUGCUACAUCAUAUAAAGCCAUGUGGAACUCUAGAGAAUGACUCUGUGCUCCUGUGAAUAGCAAGUGUGUGUAUAUAAUGCCAUGUACAGUCAAAGGGCACAGUGUAUAUGCUGAAAUUAAAGUCUUUCAAUCUGAGAAAUGAAGCACUUUUUUUGAAGCCUUUCUGGAAUUUUUUUUUUUUUUCUUCCUCCCCCCUUCCCUUUCUGGACUGCUGGAUGAACUGAAUACACAACCCUAAGAGACAAAUAGGAACAGAUUAUUUUUUUUUUUGGGCUCAUUGAUUGUUUCAAACCUUGUGUUCAUUUGCUGCUGAUUUAGAAAAUGGUGUGUGCGCUGGUAAAAGCUAUCAUUUUCUCUCCCCCUUUCUCUUCCUGUGCUGCUGCUGCUUUUGGAGUCAUUGAAGCUCUGAAAUAUAAAGUGAAUAAAAAUAAAAGCACAACACACUGCCAAGCUAAA